AGCGUAGUCGCGGAGGCGGAAGAAGGCUCUAGUACGCAUGCGCAGGCCGGCGGCUUUCGUCCCGCGGACUCCUGGAAGAUGGCUGCGGCCCAGGCGGUGGAGGAAAUGCGGAGUCGCGUGGUUUUGGGGGAGUUCGGGGUUCGCAACGUCCACACCACUGACUUUCCCGGUAACUAUUCGGGUUAUGAUGAUGCCUGGGACCAGGACCGCUUCGAGAAGAAUUUCCGUGUGGAUGUGGUACAUAUGGAUGAAAACUCUUUGGAGUUCGACAUGGUGGGAAUUGAUGCAGCCAUUGCCAAUGCUUUUCGAAGAAUUUUGCUAGCUGAGGUGCCAACGAUGGCUGUGGAAAAGGUUCUAGUGUACAGCAACACAUCCAUCGUCCAGGACGAGAUUCUUGCUCACCGCCUGGGGCUCAUUCCCAUUCUUGCUGAUCCUCGUCUUUUUGAAUAUCGGAACCAAGAUGAUGAAGAAGGAACAGAGAUAGAUACACUACAGUUUCGUUUGCAAGUCAGGUGUACCCGGAACCCCCAUGCUGAUAAAGAUUCCUCUGACCCCAAUGAACUCUACAUAAACCACAAAGUAUAUACCAGGCACAUGGCAUGGGUCCCCUUGGGAAACCAGGCUGAUGUCUUCCCGGAGGGCACUAUUCGCCCGGUGCAUGAUGAUAUCCUCAUUGCUCAGCUUCGGCCUGGCCAGGAGAUUGACCUGAUCAUGCACUGCGUCAAGGGCAUUGGCAAAGAUCAUGCCAAGUUUUCGCCGGUGGCAACAGCCAGCUAUAGGCUCCUGCCAGACAUCACCUUGCUUGAGCCUGUGGAAGGCGAGGCUGCUGAGGAACUGAGCCAGUGCUUCUCACCUGGUGUUAUUGAGGUUCAGGAAGUACAAGGUAAAAAGGUGGCCAGAGUGGCAAAUCCACGGCUAGAUACCUUCAGCAGGGAGAUCUUCCGGCACGAGAAGCUGAAGAAGGCAGUGCAGCUCGCCCGUGUUCGGGAUCAUUAUAUCUUUUCUGUGGAGUCAACUGGAGUAUUGCCACCAGAUGUGCUGGUGAGUGAAGCUAUCAAAGUGCUGAUGGGGAAGUGCCGGCGCUUCUUAGACGAACUGGAUGCAGUUCAGAUGGACUGAGUAUGCAGCUUGGCUGUUCCUGGGUUAUGACCUGCCCUCACGGCACUACUGUGGCCAGUGUGACUACAGGUCCAAUUCCAGCUUUAUUUUCAGUCAAUACAUUUUAUUAAAUGUGCCACAGAGUAAAACUUAAUGCCUUUGUAAGGCCCUUGAUGUAAAUAAAUUCAUGUUUCAGAAAAAAUGUUUUCAGGCUGUUACUUAUAUUUUGGUCUAAAAACAUGGCGCCUCAUUCUAAGAGCAGGUCUAAGAAUGGAAGAUGUCAAGCUGGGCCUGAUGGCACACAUCUUUAACCCCCACACUCAAGAGGCAGAGGCAGGUGGAUCUCUGAGAGAUCACACAGUAAGUUCCAGGCCCCCUGGGAUCACAGGGAGACCCUGUCUCAGAAAAAAAAAACAAAACCAACUACAUCCAUAACAAAAAAUGGAAGACAUCAUUGUGGGUUGAGACUUUGUCCUAAAAGCCUUCCAUCAAAGGCCACACUGAGGUGUAGUCAGUGUGUCAUUACCAUAGGCUUCCAGGGAUGCUCCUGAUGGAGGCUUGUUCUGACAGUCUGAGCCAGUUUGCUACAGACAGCUCCAGAGAAUAGCAAUUCCUUUUGGACAGACUAUUAGGGCCAAGUGCCCUAUAGGGAAACACUUUGAAUAAUAUAGGCUACUUAGUUUAGGUGGCCAGGGAUAGAAAUCUCUUCUGACAGCAAGCCCAUAAACAUUCCUAUUUGGUCCCUCUGAAGUAACCUUCAAGUAUGUCAUUGGUUGGAAAAAGGAAGAUAGGGCCCUUUCUGUACGAAACAGAUUUUACUGACAUGCAAGUUGUACUUUAGAAUUAGCAUUUCUACAAAAGGUUCUAUAAACAAUAGAAAAUUUCUAGCAUGAAGUCAUAGGAUGUUAAAAAUAUUACAACAUAAUAAAUAUAACUAUGUCCUCCACAGCCCCAACCAGACAGGGAGUAGGCAGCUUAACAGGUUCGGAGGGAAAUACUGAGAUCACCUUCAUAAUCUAUAGAAUCCCAAGCACCACACAGGAAGAGGGGGCAGUCUUGUGCAGCAGGCAGCAACUCCCAAGUCCAUUUCCCAGGCUUGGACUCCUCCCAACCUUUCUGUGUGCACCUGUGGUGUGCUAUUCUGCCCCACUGCCACCUUGCUCAGGGCUGGACGGAGAGAGAGCCUGUCAGAGCACAUGGACACACACUGGUUUCUAGAUAGAUCAAACCUGCCUUUCAUAACCUCAGCUAGAUCCUGCACCCAUCUCCCUCUGUUUUCUGUCUCUUCCAGGACCAAGGAUGGGAGACACAGUAUAGGCUGUGAUAGGAAAUCUUAAUUUCUUUUUUGUUUUAGAAAUGACUUUUGAGAAAAAGUCAUCAGGGACCUAAAAGACCAUGAGACUUUUAAAGGCACCUGCUCAGCUAAUCCUAGAAGGGUCAGUGGCUUUGUAGUUUGUCACAUGUGAGCCUAGUUGAUCUGGAUUAUUCUUGUAUGACACUUGGUAUCAUGUGACAGAGUAGGGCACUGAGGCUAUUAUGCCUGAGUAGACCCUGAUGGGCUGGAGAAACCCAAGAGUCACUCAUGGAAGGGCAAGAUGUGCGUUCUAAGGGACACAAUGUUGGUUGGCUCUAAACUACCUAGCCCUCAUUCCUGGAGGUAUUACACUGGAUACUGUGCCCAGACUCCAGAAAUGGCCUGUACUGUGGAUCCCAUUGGGUGACCAAAUUCUUACUCAAGACAAAGAUGAGAGAACUGGCCAAGUUGAGUUCAGCAUGUAGCACCUAGGCCAGACAUGCCUCUGGGAGUGGAGAGGGUUCCUGUCAGCCCAGCAGCAAGGGGUUCAAUGGGACUCU